AAAGUCUUUAAUUCGCAUUUAUGGGGGUUGCAGAUUUCAAAACUCAAAAGUCCAACCUCAACUUCCAACGACUCCAUUGAAACAGUCGUCAAAGUCAGCCACCCACCAUGAUGGCUUUCCAAAUUGAAUCCAUUAAUUGCAUCCACUCUUCCAUCUUUCCAUCCUUCUUCUCCAUCUCAGUUUUCUGUUAACUUUCCAAAGAUGGUUGUUUCAGUGGUACUUCUUCUUUCCCCAUUUCUUCUUUUGCAGCCAUGGAGUACGGCCGGUGAUGUUCUUGCUCCGAUUCUGUCUCCGAUCUUCGAAGAUGCUUGCAAAGAAGUGAAAUGUGGUGAGGGGACUUGCAAGCAAUCACAAAAUAGCACUAUUAUCCCAUUUGAAUGUGAAUGCUCACCUGGGUGGAAGCAACUAGCUGUUACUUCUGAUAAUGACGGCGAUCAGGGUUGGAAGUUUCUUCCUUGUGUCAUCCCCAAUUGCACACUCAAUUAUUCAUGUUCGCAAGCACCGUCCCCGGUGCAACAAAAGGAGAAGCAAGGGAAUGGAUCAGUUUUUGAUGCGUGCCAAUGGACCGACUGUGGAGGAGGAAAAUGCGUGACAACUUCCCCCUUCACCCAUAAAUGCGAGUGUAGCGAGGGUUACAAUAACCUUCUCAACUUGACCUUUUCACCUUGCUUUAAAGAAUGUUCACUUGGAGCGGACUGUAAGGACCUUGGCAUUGGUUUAAUGGACAAACCAUCUCCACCUCCGAGUUUGUCUCAAGAUCGUUCAAACCAAGCUAACUAUAGACUCAAAGGUGGCUAUGAUUGGUUGCUAUUCGCGUUCGCCCUAUUGGCUAUUUAACGACUUACUAGUCUCGGCUCAUGGUUAGGUGACCGAGUUGUGUUAUUGGUGUUGUAUUUGUGUCAACCGGUCUCCUGACCCGUCAACAUUCCGUGUGUAUUAUAGGGUAGAGGAGUCAAAGAGAACAAGGGAUGUAACGAUGAGAAUAAUAGGAUGUCAAUUAGUGUGUUACACGGACACAUUUUAGAUUAUAUGUUGUAUAACAAGUGGUUAGAAAGCGUAUACAA